CUACACACUUAACUACGGCCGUUGUGAAGCAUGGAUGUAGACUGGAUUUCUACAUUACAAACGCGUGCAGCUCGCAUGCGUCUUAAACUUGUGUAUAGCGAAAGCGUGACCGGUGUGAAACAUAGACUGGUCCACGUUGUCGACGUACACGUGGAGAACGUUGCAGAUCUCAAGGCCACGGGCCGUGGUUCGAAAAAGAAAGUGGCCAAACACACAGCAGCUAAAGCGCUCUAUGCCUUACUACAGGACAAGAUUGACCGGCAAACGGCUUCCAAGGCCACCAAAUCCAAACCUUACGUACUCGAUAAUAAACCAAAAGGGACUGACCGAGAAGCAUCGGAGUGUGAAGAAAGUCAACCCGACCCCGACGACUGCACAGAGACACCUCGGUCACAGGAGCACCACCCUCAACAGUCUGAGAAUCACAUUGGACAACUGCAGGAAAUCUGCCAGCAGAACAAGUGGCCAUUGCCCAAGUAUAACUUUUGCUUUACAGAGGGUCCUCGUCGGUAUGCAUGCCAAUGUCAACUUACUAUACCCCUGGACAUCCACGCGUGUGACGAUGACUGUGCAGUAGACGCCACGACUGAUCGCGUUUAUACAGAACUACACGGCACGGCAGACUCUAAAGGAGAGGCUAAACAAGCGGCGGCUGGGAACACUCUCCUUUGGCUGUACGGACACAAGCUCAUCUAA